GUGAAAAAUGUUGGGUUAUUGUUGUGUGGAAUGGUGAGUGCGGACUGCGGAGGUUAAAGCCGUCUGGGACCGCCUCCUUCCUCCCUCCAUUUUUGUCCGAUUAGUGCUUCAGUGAGUAGUGACUUGACCAGCAUUUGCUUUCUCGGAGGCGUUUCGCGGCGGAUUUCCACCGAUAUAUACACACGAUUCUCCAUACUUCUCUAUACCUUCUCCACAUUUUCCAUACCUCAGGUCCUCCAUUAAUUAAUUUAUAUUCCGGCGACAAACCGUUAGAAUCGAUGGUGAGAGCUCGGCUAAUAGUGUUUCCGAUCAGAGGCAGGAACUGGUGCUUCAGCCGAUCGGUUGACCCGUCCGCAUGCGACGCGCAGUCUGGCAACACUCCGUCCACGCUCAAUGAGCUCUGGACCAGGAUCUCCAGCCCCGCCAAGGAUAAGCCUACCGGCUCUAAUAUUGAACUCGCCAUCGAUUUUGCUACAACUAAGAUGAGCAAUCAGUGGAGUCAAUUGGAAAAGGCACCGGCUGGGAGUUUGAAGAGCAAAAUUCAUGGGUUGGGCUUGCGCCUGCUGUCUAGAGUUAAGCCUUCCGAGAUCUUCUUGAAAUCCAUUUCGAAGGAUGUCAAUCAAGUAGAAAUCACCUAUCCAUCUAGUUUAAAUGGUCGACUAGUUCGUCGAAGGCUAAGACACAUUGCCUUCAGGGGAUCAGUUAUUCACAAGAAGUACUUAUACGGAUCGGCUGUUUUGCUUCCAUUGACAUCAGUCUUUACGGUGCUACCUUUGCCUAACAUCCCUUUCUUUUGGAUCCUGUUCCGCACAUACUCUCACUGGAGAGCUUUGAAGGGGAGUGAGAAACUUCUUGAAUUAGUUACAGAUUGCCCAAACAAACAAAAUUUCAAUGAAGAAACAGCAAAUGAGAACAGAAGUAUGAAAGCCAAUUCAAAAGAAAAUUGCAAUAACCUAAGAUCUCCAUGGGUUUUAGUCCCAUCAGAGGAACUUCAGAAACUUGUUAACCUUGGAGAUGCAGCGGAUGGUCUAAGCGAGAGCACGAUAUCUGCAAUAUGCCAAAGAUAUAAUUUGAACUUGAUGGAUGUUGUUAAAUAUCGGCAUUCACUUUAGCAGGAAACAUUUCUAUCAUUAGCUGCCAUAGAUUUCUUAUUGGUCUUUAAAGCAUAUUUGAUUUUCUUAGUGAACGUUUCACACAGCUCAAAUCAAAGGGCAAUGAACUUCUUUUGAAGAAAGGUUUUAGCAGUUCGAAUCAGGACAUUAGACUCUUUCAAUCUUUGAUCUUUGUGCUUAUGUUAAUGUGUCAAUAGUUGUUGCCACAGAUAGUUUUUUUUUUUUUGGAUUAAUAAAUGAAAUUUCUACUGUGCU